UCAGUGAACUACUUGAUAGAGCGAAGAGAGGAAGUUGGUGUUCGUUGCGAUCGAGUUUUAAUAGUUCUAUUCUUGAGAUAUUGUUUACAGACUAUAUAAAGUGUAAAAACUGUUCUGUAUAGCAAUACUAUAAUGCCAAAACGUAAUAAAGUAAAUAGAACAUGGAAUUCAGAAGGAGGAGGACGGGAAGGAAAAAAAUACUACGAACAUGAUGAUCGUGUCAAUGACAAUAUACGAAGAGUAUCUUUCAAACCAGGAAGCAACCGCAUUGGAAAUCCUAGAAGUGGAGAAUUGGACAUGGCUAUUCGUGCGAGUAUUGCUGAUGAUGAUGUUGAUAUGAGCACACCAGGCUCAAGUGGAAGAGGUUCUGGGCGGUUCAACCCAUAUUUUGGGAGAGGCCGUUUUGUUGGUAGAGGUGGCAGAACUUCAUGUAGGAGUUCAGGUAACAGAAGGAGACCAGGUCGUGGCAGCCCCCCUGUACCUUCACAGUUCAGCCAGAAGAAUGGUCCAGAUAACACAGUAUCAUGGUUUAAAGUAACAAUUCCUUAUGGGGGCAAGUAUAGCAAAGAUUACAUCCUGAAAACAUUACUGGCCAGUGUCGCACCAACUAUAUUUAUUCCGCUGCGUGUAAGUUUCUGCCAUUCUUUCAGUAUGUUGUCACUAAUCAAGGCUGACAUUUGGAUGCAUAUAUUGUCAUUAGAGUACUUUUUUAAAAUUUUAAUUGUACCCCAUGUUCCAAUUCUUUUUCAUUAGGUUACGUUAACUUACAUUU